AUGACUUCGGAAAAUCUGCCUUCAAGCCCGGUAAUAUUAAGGAAACGUACCGCAUCUCGAAAACAUCACGUUCCAAGUCAAUCGAUUGAUAAUACUGUUAUUGACAAUCUUCGUCCUAGUAAAACAGCAGCAGGUAGAAAUCGAUCUUUAUCCCGAUCGUCGAAAUUUCUUCCAAAAGCUGAGUCAAUAUCAGUCAAACGAUGUCAGUCUCAGCAAAAAGAAGUUCACAUUUCAACAAUCACGAAGUUAGAACGACAAGUAACAACUAUCACUAUGCAAACUCGUUUGCCGACCUUUCCGAUGACAGCCAACGAUGAAGAACAAAAGCGUACAUCUGAUUUUCGUCGCAGACAAAUUUAUGCAUUGAAUCAUCUUAUGCGUAACUAUGAACAGGAAAAGUUUCGCGAAUUUUGUAAAUUACACAAUAUUGGUUCGGACCAUGAUCAAGAAAACAAGGACGCAGGUGAAGAUCAAAAAAACGAAUCUUCAACAUGA